AUGUCUCCUGUUGAUUUUGCUGUGAACUUCCUUCAAAAGUAUGUUCCAUCUCUGUACAGAUCAGCUGGGCUCGAAUACGGUAGUACUAUGAAUUGCACAUAUCAGGAAUAUCUGUUCCAGGUGCGUACAUAUCGUUUGACGAUGUCUGGAGGAGGAGGCGCUUACUGCAGUCUGAACGUUAGAGGUCGAGGAGCAAUCGAGAUAUAUCCAGCUUACGUCAAAUCGUCAAGUGAUUCGUAUGGUGGGGCCACGACUGAUAGCGCUCACUAUGCACCUGUUCUAGAUGAAAACAACACAAUUGUCGUGCAUGCUGAUGGACUCGUCAAUGGGACGCUUACCUAUGUCCAAGUUGUAGCACCUAGUGGUCUUGGAUUGCAACAUACUUCAGUCCUGCUUCCGCGAGACAGCCAGAAAUGCUCCUAUGAGUACUAUGCACCUGUGCCGUUCUUCUGCAGUUACGAGAUUCGCGACUUUGCUGUAAAGACUCAGCUGCCAUUCAAGUUCUCUGCUGACUAUGCGCAAGUGGCCGCCAUGACCCUGGCAGAUAGUGCACAAGGUGGUUUCUCAUUUAAUGCUGCUGAACAUACAUUUGACAAUGUCCAAAUGCUGCUGUCCAAUUUGACAUUCCUCGAUCGACCUGGACAAAAUGUUACAAGCGCUAUGCAGCUCACAAUUAAUUCCUAUGGAAGCGCUAAUCAAGGCUAUCGCCCGUCAGCACGACACCUACUGGUAUACGUUACCAACAACAACCCGACAGAUGCUGAUCCUGGCGCUUUGCUGUACUCAAUUCGACGACAAGGACUGUACCAAAUAGCAAUUGUCACCGUAGACCUUGUGAGUUUUAUUAUCGCUUGA